UCAGCCAAUCAGGGAUGCCGUUGUUUGGGAGUCGGUCUAUUUGAAACGGCAGAGCAAGCACUUUCCAACUGUCGGCUCACAUGAGAACACGAUGUCAUCAGAUGAGGAGGAACCAACCAGUCCCGUUCUCCCCAAAGACUCCGACCGGGGCAGCUCUGUGUCUUCUGAGCUUCAGGAUGAGUAUGAGGAACUCCUCCGCUAUGCUGUUGUCACACCCAAAUUUGAGACGCUUGCCAGCACUCAGUGGAAGGGUCCGGGUUCCCAGAGAAAAGAUGAACCAAAGGUGCAGCAUCUACCAGAUCCUGAAACGGAAGACGGGAGGCUCUCCAGCAGAAGUGUAAGAUCGUCCCAGGCCUCCCCUGUGAACGUGGAGCCGUCCACACACUCAAAAGCUCCUCUAGCUGAGAAGACAGCGGGGCAGUCGUCAAGCGGGGCCUCUUUGCUCUCCGAUGCUCCGUCAGAGAAUCCGCAGACAGCAUCCAAGAGGUCGAGGUCAAACAGCCCGGCUUUCUCUGAGUCUUCUGUCACGGAGAUGUUUAUUUCUGAAGAGAAUAUUAGCAAAAUGGAGAAUAUUCUUGACACGUGGAGCCUCAACCUGAAGUCCAAUGUGCUGACCGAGCUCCAGAAGUGGAAGUAUGCGUUCCUGGAGCGGCACAGGCUGGAGAUGACGAAGGAGAGGGAACGGCACGCGGCCCAGGCGUCUGGCCUGAAGUCAGAGCUCCACAGCCUGAAGGAGCUGCUGCACACCUACGAGACGUCCAACCACAGGAAAGACCAGGUGAUCAAGAAUCUGAGUCAGGUGUUGGACAGACAGAAAGAGAAGCUGGAAAAGAUGAGGACCUUCACGCACUGGAGACUGCAGCACGCUGAGGCCAAAGAAGAGGCUCAUGCUGCUCACGUGGCUCGGCAGCACCACCAUUUGCAGCUGAAGAAGAAGGUGUGGCUGGCCUGGCGCAGUCUGGUCCAGAAACACUGGAAGGUCAAGGUGGAGCGAGCGUGCCGCUCCAGGGCUGAGGAGGUCUGCUCCCGCCUGUCCACAGAAUAUGAGGCCAAGCUGGCAGAGCACUGCGAGGCUUUAGAGAAGGCUCAGGCAGAGAUUCGGAGACUACACGUAGAGCGAGAGCGCUACGAGGAGUCCAUGAAGAAAGCCUUCAUGAGGGGCGUCUGUGCUCUCAACAUGGAGGCUCUCAGCAUGUUCCACUCCACAGAAGGACGACCAGAGCAGCUACAAGUUCCCCAACCGCACGAUUUUCUGCCUCCCCAGGAGGAGCGCGGAUCGGCUACGCUGGCUCACCUUCAACCGCUUCCCUCCUCCUUCAAAAGGUUUAGUCCGCUCCACUUUGACCGUUCUGAUCCUUCGCAAAGGGAAGCCGACGAUAGGCAGGUUGGCCCCAGGGGCCCCACAUCCCAGGAAGAGAUGCUUCCUUCCACUACAGUGGUGCACAGCUCUCUCCCACUCGGGGGCAUUGCAAGCUCCCACAAACAGUCUGGUGGUCGGUUUGUGACGGCAGGUCAACAAAAACCCUCAAAGACGGUGACGGCUCGCAUCACGGCGCGGGCCGACGUCGGGAAGGUCCCCCACGGCGGCGGCCUCCAGGUGAUGGGAGUGGCUCCGCCGAUGAGCUCUGUGGUGGUGGAGCGCCAUCAUCCUGUCACACAGCUGACUGUCGGACAGGCGAUGGCUGCAAAGUUUCCUCGACCCUCGCAGCAGAGCCACGCCUCCACUGCAGGCAGGGGGGCCUCCCGAGGUCACAGCAGCUCCUGCAACGUCCACUCCAUCAAAGUAGUGGACUGAUCACACAUGCAGCGUCUAAUUUAUUCUAUGCAAACAGCCGUAGUUUUGAACAUUCAUGUGAAGCAUCCUGCAACAGAUUUACCUCUAACCUGGUGUUUUGUUUUAGUUGGCUUUGAUUUUAUGUAAAAAGCUCAACAGCUAUUUUCUCAGGAAAGUAGUGCAUCUGUUAUUUUUAUUUACAUAAUUCAGAGCUCUAAAUGGACAUUUACCUCAUAUCAAAUGUUGGCUUUCAAUUAUGCUCCGCUGAAGGUGAAUGUUGUUGUAGUUAGAAACAAUCUAGCAGCACUGGUUGCUUACUUUCUUAAAGGAAAGCCAUAUUUUAUCGAUCAGCACAUUGCUGUUUUCUAAAUAAAUAGUUUAAAACCUC